ACCACUAUGGUAAAGAAACUCCCAGAAGUUACCAAACUCCUAGGUCCACUUACAACACGGCCCAAGGAGGAAGCAGCAACACCUGAAACCCCCAACUCAUCCCAACCAGCAGUAGAUUACAGGUACCCACCAGCUACAGACUACAGACCACGCCCAGACAAAGAUGUCCCAGUUGUCACAAUCAAGAUGGCCACCUCUGGCAAAACUCCCACCAAGAAGGCUGCUCUUGACUUCCACGGAGAAAUCCCCCAAACGUUUCCUUAUUCGUGCUCUCUCUGCGAUAUUACUGUGCUCUCUGAAAAGUACUGGUUCACACACGUCAAUGGAACUCAACAUGCAGACGGACAGCUCACACUUCUUCAAAUGUAUCCUGAAUGGGAUUGCCAGAUGCAGACCGCCAGAAGUGGUGGCGACCACACAGACAGACCAAGGGUUGAAGAGAAGACUGCUGGACCUUCCCAUAGGUCUAUUAACUACUUAGGUAAACCGUCAAGUAGCGGCUCUAGAAAAAACGUAGACACUAAGACAAAGGUUACAAAGGGGAGUGGCAAAGUGGUUUGUGCCAAAUUUACCGCUCGGUGUCUCAACGAAGAUGGUUUGAGGGACCUGAUUAAUCCGUUUGGGGAAGUUGUGAAAGUCAUCAUGUUCCCCGCUUUGGCGUUUGUGGAGUUGGGCUCAACUGACCAGGCCGCCGAUAUUGUGACAUACUACCUCAGUAACCCAGUGAUGGUGAAAGGAGGACAAGUCACCUUCUCUGUCUCGUCAACAUUGAAUUUCCUACAGAGUUCCCGGGUGUUGAGUUUUUCCCCGGUGCCUCCUGGUAAAGAGUCUGCCGCGUGGAAGAGAGAGUUACUGGCCGUCGCUGAAGGAUUUGGACCUGUGGAGCACUCUCUAUUCUUACCUACGCAGGCAUUUGUGGAAAUGACUAAUGCACUGGAUGCACAGACGCUGGUUGGACACCAUACAUCCAAACACCUGAAAAUAGAUGAGAUACAUAUUAAAGUGGCCUUCUCAUCAGAGUAUAAUACACUUCGGACCAUGUCUGAGAGGAAGUCUUCAGACAGGAAGUCUUCAGACAGGAGCAGGAAGUCUGAAGACAGAUCUAAGAGAAAGAGAACCCCAAGCCCCAGAAGGCGGUCCCUCAGCCCCAGGAGAGUUUCCCCAAUCUCCUCAAAGAGGAGGAGGAGUAGAGAGAGGGAUAGCGACCGUCACAAAGAACGGGUGAAAUCAAACUGUGGGGGUAAAAACAGGCUAAAGUCCCCCAGCAAACAGAGCUCCAGUCGGUCCCCCAGAAGCCUUCGCUCCCAUACUAAAGAGUGGGUGUCCAGUGAGAAGGUAUCCCCCAUUUCCUCAUCCACUCGCUCACAACCUCCCACCAAGAAUAAGACCCCAUCCAAGUCCUCCACUGUGAUGGAGAAGUCCAAAAAGGCUGUCGACACGAUUGACCAGAGCAAGCAAGAAACUGCGACCCACGACAGCCAGGAGGAUGGAGCCAUGGAGGCCUGUGAUAUGGACAGUGACAUCGAGGGGAUGGCCGUGUAUGGGGAGGAUGGGGAGGAGAACUCUGACAUGGGAGAGGAGGGAGAGGUGGGGGAGGGAGAGAAGGGAGAGGAACUGCAGGAGGGUGCUGAGGACUUGAUCCAGGAGUUUAAAGACCUAUGUGAGCCCAGGCAGAAAGCAACUUCUGGGACUGUAGAUGAUGCUCGUACAGAAGAGCUCUCAGCUACCGGGUCAGAACAGGGGAAAGAGCUCUCAGCGACCGUGUCAGAACAGAGGAAAGAGCUCUCAGCUACCGGGUCAGAACAGGGGAAAGAGCUCUCAGCGACCGGGUCAGAACAGGGGAAAGAGCUCUCAGCGACCGGGUCAGAACAGGGGAAAGAGCUCUCAGCUCCCGGGUCAGAACAGGGGAAAGAGCUCUCAGCUACCGGGUCAGAACAGGGGAAAGAGCUCUCAGCUACCGGGUCAGAACAAGGGAAAGAGCUCUCAGCGACCGGGUCAGAACAGGGGAAAGAGCUCUCAGCGACCGGGUCAGAACAGGGGAAAGAGCUCUCAGCUACCGGGUCAGAACAGGGGAAAGAGCUCUCAGCUACCGGGUCAGAACAAGGGAAAGAGCUCUCAGCUACCGGGUCAGAACAAGGGAAAGAGCUCUCAGCGACCGGGUCAGAACAGGGGAAAGAGCUCUCAGCGACCGGGUCAGAACAGGGGAAAGAGCUCUCAGCGACCGGGUCAGAACAGGGGAAAGAGAUGGAUGGUGAAGACCAGAAAGGAGAUAUUUCAUACGUUGAUGAUGAGCCUGAUUUCCCAGAGGACCUUGAGAAUCUUAUUACGUUGGAUGAGCUAGAGGACGAUUCCUCGGUUGAUAACCAAGAUAACCAGUCAACAGAUGAGAUCAAGAGCAGAUCCAAGAGCAAACCCUCAGGACGUGAUCAGACACCUGGUAGAGUGAUCUACGUCAAAAACCUUCCCAGAGGCUUCUAUACAGAUAAUGACUUCCUGAAGAUUGUUAAAGGCUUCGGGAGAGUGCAUCGCUAUUUCCUCCUUCGCAAUGGUGAAGAGGGCUUCAUUGAGAUGGAGAGGUCUUCUGAUGCGACAAAGGCUUUAAGAGAGCUGCGUUAUGAUGGCUGUAAAUUAUACGGCCAGAGGUUGAUCAUCCUGCGGUCUCAGAAAUACAAAAGACUAACAACAGGGUGGAAACCUGAAUCUGAUUCUAAAAGUGAUCGGAAGAAGGAUCACAUGAGUACUAGAAGCAGUAGCAGGAUAAGGAGUGGACGGACCAGCAGUCACUCAAAGUCAGCGGCUAAGGGCGACAAGACAAAAGAGAAGGACGACAAGACAAAAGAGAAGGACGAGGAGACAAAAGAGAAGGACGAGGAGACAAAAGAGAGGGACGAGGAGACAAAAGAGAGGGACGGGGAGACAAAAGAGAAGGACGGGGAGACAAAAGAGAAGGACGAGGAGACAAAAGAGAAGGACGAGGAGACAAAAGAGAAGGACGAGGAGACAAAAGAGAAGGACGAGGAGACAAAAGAGAAGACUGCACGACAAGUAUGCUCCGAGCCAGCCCAACACUGUGACAAGGAGGACAGAGGAGCGUCUGAAGGGGAUAUUGACCAAUCCUCCAACAGUGAAGACCAAAAGGAUGCCCCUGUCCCUGCUGCUGAGGAAGAGAAGCAGGCCUGUAGCAACGAGGAUAAUGCAGAAACCAAGAUGGAGGAUAAUGUGGAAACGAGACCAGAUUCCAUAAAGACUGGUAUGGAGUCAUCGUUCCAGGCCAACAACCCAGUGGGAAGAGAAUUCAUUAAACCUGUCAUUGGCUACUUCUGCGACCUGUGUCAAGUCAUCUAUGUCAAUGAGGACGAAGCAAGGAACCAACACUGCAGCAGCCUCUGUCACUAUCUGAAGUUUAUGGAACAUUCAGGUGAAGACACAGCCUCUAGCUAAAAGAUGUCCAUCUCUGGAGGAAGUUGACCAGAUGACAGUCUUAGGCCCAUUUUGACAGGAAGUGUACAUGUGCACACUUCCGGAGGAGGGUGGAGAAUCUGGAUGUUUCUUUAUAUUGCACUCAAGAAGAACGGCACAGGUUUACCUCAUCCAUGAGAGGCUCUUUGUGAAACUCAUCCUAGAACAAUAAAUGAGAUUGCAGAUUACGUUCAUCUGUAUUGGUUUAUAUGAACAAAUGUUCAGCACCUACCUACAUAUAUAUAUUGUUAUGUUUGUGUUAAAAUAGCUCAGAUCUACUUUCUGUAACGUGAAUUGUUUGUUCGGUUUUCCUAUGUAAUUUGUUUUCAAGAUUUGUGUUAAAUUGAACUUCAUUCUCUAAAGGAUUGUUAAUAAACAUGCUUAAUUAUUG